GAAUCAGAACCUUCUUGAUAUUCGACAAAUCGUGAAUCGCGCCAAUCAAAGGUACAACACCCGACUGGAGUUAUUAGCAAUACUCAUUGGAGUACGAGCAGUACAAUUCGUAAUAAAUCAACUGCAGUUUGAAAACGUAUCGAUAACAUUAUGGUCUGAUUCUAAGUGCACUGUAUUCAAGGAGUUAUCGAUGUUGCAAAAUGAACUAAAAUUAUCAGACCUUAUAGUGGCAAUGAGAUUCCUAAUCAUACAAGCACAAUCUCAAGAAAUAACUGAGGAAGUAAAGAAAUGGAACUGUAUUAUGAUGAGGAUGACCGGUACUGGAAAUCCAGAAGCUGUUUGGACAAUUCAGGGACAUAUGAAGCAACAGAUUGAGGAACUGUGUCAUGCAGGAAUCGCCCAUACACCAUCAGAAAUGAGAAAGGAAUUUUGGAUACCUAAAGGCAGAACAGAGGUGAAGCGAGUGUUAAAUGUAGAAACUAUAAAAGAUGAAGUGCAAUACCAUUCUGAAAUAAGAGAGCCUCAUGAGAAUGAGAUUGUACUAGUCAACGAACCAGAAGUUCCCCGUGAACGAGAAGUGCUAGAAAUUAGCAACAAAAUUCAAACUUUUCUCAAUGGUUUCAAUGUUCCUCAGUCGGGAAUGUCGGAAAAUCCGAAAAUUUGUGAUAUUAAGUUAUUCACAUCAAUUGUUGUAAAUUUUGUUGUGAGGCCUGUCCAUCACGGCCAGGACCCAAAGGGCCAGAUGGCAAGGAUGGAAAUAAGGGACCAAGUGGACCACAAGGACUAUCAGGACCUUGGAGUGCAAGGGUAUCCAGGAGCAAAAAGUAUUCGUGGGCCUCGAGGACAGCAGGGACCGCCAGAUCAACAAGGAGUGAAAGGAGAUACAGGACCACCAGGGGCAAUGAGAGGAUAG